AUGGCGGAAUCUUUCUCUCUGCCGCAUGAGAUCCUCUUCGUAGGCAUCAUAUGCACCGCACAAAUCACUACGCAAGUCGGCCUGGGCCAAGCGCUCAUUAUCAUCCAUGAUAUCGGGCGAAGCUUCGACCUCACCGACCCAAGUGAAUUGACAUGGCUGGUGGCGGGAUACAGCCUGACGGUCGGGACAUUCAUCCUCGUCAGUGGAAGAUUGGGGGAUAUGUUUGGUUACAAACGCAUGCUGAUUGUUGGGUAUGCCUGGUUCUCGGUCUGGUCGAUGAUCGCAGGGCUAGCUAUCUAUUCCAAUCACGUAUUAUUCGUUUUCGCUCGAGUCCUCCAGGGGAUCGGGCCUGCCAUCCUCCUACCAAAUGGAGUGGCCCUCCUUGGUGCAAGUUAUGCGAAUGGAAGUCCUCGGAAAGACAUGGUCUUUGCACUCUUUGGUGCCUGUGCUCCCGGUGGCUCGAUUAUCGGAUGUGCUCUUGCAGGAGUCUUCGCUUUAACGUGGUGGCCUUGGGCAUUCUUCUCUUUCGCCAUUGCCCUCGCCCUCCUUGCAGUGGCCUCAUACUUUAUCAUUCCCAAUCCACCGCAAAGAUCCGAGUCUGCCAGUUAUUCCCUCUGGUCCAAGAUCGAGCUCCUUGAUCUGCCUGGCGCUGCUGUAGGCAUCGCCGCUCUCGUGCUAUUCAACUUCGCGUGGAAUCAGGCACCAAAUGUAGGGUGGCAGAAGGCAUACGUCUACGUGACCAUGCUCAUCGGGAUUCUGCUGGUGCCUCUGUUCUUCUACAUCGAGCUUCGGGUUUCCAAAGCUCCGCUCGUGCCUUUCGACGCACUGACGGCUGAUGUCGGAUUUGUGCUGGCUUGCAUUGUCUGCGGCUGGUCAUCAUUUGGCAUAUGGUUUUUCUACUUGGUCAAUUUUCUGGAAAUCUUGCGAGGCGUGUCGCCGUUGCUGGCUGUUGCGUACCUGAGCCCCGUUGCCGUCUCGGGAGCCUGUGCCUCUGUCGUUACGGGGGCUCUGUUAUCCAGACUUCGGCCUGCCAUGGUCAUGACGAUCGCGCUGACCUGGUUCACCGUCGGACUCAUCCUGGCCGCCACCACCCCGGUCCACCAAACAUACUGGGCCCAGACGUUUGUCGGACUGGUGGUCAUCCCCUGGGGAAUGGACAUGUCGUUUCCCGCCGCGACGAUAAUUCUCUCAAACGCCGUGCGCAGGGAACACCAAGGUAUUGCCGCCAGUCUUGUCACAACGAUCGUCAACUACAGCAUCUCGCUGGGCCUGGGCUUCGCCGGGACCGUGGAGGUGCAUGUCAACCAUGGCGGACGCACACCACAGGAUAUCCUAAUGGGAUACCGUGGAGCAUGGUAUGUUGGGAUUGGGUUCGCUGCGCUGGGACUGUGUGUCAGCAUUGUGUUUCUUCUGAGAGAUUGCUUGAAAGUUCGGGCUGGGAGGAAGAGUGCCACGUCAGACUGA